AUGUUGGAAAGUCUAGUCGCCAAUCUCCUCAAUCGCUUCUUGGGCAUGUACGUUAAGAACUUCGAUCCCAAGCAGCUCAAUGUAGGCAUCUGGUCGGGCGACGUCAAGCUGCGCAACCUCGCGCUGAGGAGAGAGGCUCUUGACCAACUGCAUCUGCCAAUCAAUGUGGUAGAAGGCCACUUGGGUGAAUUGACCCUGUCAAUACCAUGGUCCAACCUGCGAGGAAAGCCCGUCAAGGUCAACAUCGAAGACGUCUUUCUGCUCGCGGCGCCCAAGGAGGAAGAUGACUACGACCCGGUCGAGGAGGACAAGCGGGCGGUAGCCGUGAAACUGGAAAAGCUCGAGAGUGCCGAGCUACUCAAGGAGCGCAACACCGAGGCCAUGAGCCCAGAAGAACAGCAGAAGAGUCAGAGCUUUACUCAGAGCUUUGUCACGGCCAUCGUCGACAACCUUCAAGUCAGCAUCAAAAAUGUCCACAUCCGCUACGAAGACUCCAUCGCGACGCCUGACCACCCGUUCGCCGUGGGCCUCACACUUAAAGAAAUGAGCGCCGUCUCAACUGAUGCUGACUGGCAGCCAACAUUUAUCCAGUCCACCUCGGAAACCACUCAUAAAUUGGCCGUCUUGAAUUCGCUGGCUCUCUAUUGGAACAGUGACGCAGAUCUGUUUGGGACCGGCAAGGGUGGUGAUGUUGGCGCCGAGGCACAAGAAAUUGACAAGGAUGAGCUCCUCCGCCGCUUCAGAGAAGGCAUCGAAGAUACUAGCCACUCACAAUAUCUGCUCAAGCCCGUCAGCGGUCGGGCCGGAAUUGAGAUGGACAAGACGGGUAAGACGGACAAAGCAAAGACCAAGGCGCGGCUGCUCUUCCAGGAGCUCGGGUUCAUCAUUGACGAUGAACAAUACCGUGACGCUCUGAUGCUUGUGGACCUGAUGCACUACUUCGUUCGUCAUCACGAGUACAAAAAGGACGCGCCAAAAGAGAGCCCCAAAGAGAAUCCUCGAGCUUGGCUCAAAUUCGCCGGAAAUGCCGUUCUGACCAAGAUCCACGACCGGAACAGGAAGUGGACUUGGGAGUAUUUCAAGGAACGAAGGGACACCCGACGCAGAUACAUUGAACUUUUCAAGAAGAAGAAGAAGGAGCAAAAGUUCACCGAACAAGAAACAAAAGACUUGACCCAACUGGAGCACGAUCUGAGCUAUGAGGAUCUACGAUUUUGGCGAUCGCUCGCUCGGACACAGCUACGCAAGGAGAAUGUCGGUGUGAAGAAGCCCGCCCAAAAGCAGACUUGGUCCUCUUGGAUUUGGGGCGCCAAGGGCCAGGCCGAGCAGUCCUCAGAGAAUGACGAAGAGGCUGGCAUGACUGAACAACAGCGCAAAGAGCUCUACAACGCCAUUGACUGGGACGAGAAGAAAGCGAUCGCCGAGAGCGUUGAUAUGCCCCGAGAGAGCGUCAAACUUGAGGUAGAAUCGAGUCUCAGAACCGGCAGCUUCACUUUGAAACGAGACCCCCACGGUCAGGAGACCGAGGUUCUCAAAUUGGUCUUCGACAAUUUUAAGGCAAAGGCACUUCAACGACCUGACUCUUUCCUGGCUGAACUGGCACUCGGAGGCUUUCGUGUCUACGACGGCACGACAGAGGGGACCUUGUUCCCACAAAUUGUCAAGGUCAAAGGGGUAGAGAAUCAGCCCAAGGAUGAAGUGAAACAAGACGGCACGGAAGAUUUGGACGACGAAGCCGAGUCAGAAAGUGCGGUUGCAGAGAAAGGAGAGCAGGAGGAAGACAGCUUGUUCCACCUCGUCUUCGAAAACAAUCCCCUUGAUGAAAGCGCCGACACAAAAGUCGAUUUGAAACUCAAGAGUCUCGAGUUCAUCCAUAAUCCCAAGUUCGUGGUCGAGAUUGUCAAGUUUUUCAAACCUCCAGAACGGCAGAUGGAAUCCAUUGGCGCUCUGCUCGAGACGGCGGGUGCAACAGUGGAAGAGAUUCGCCAGCAAACCCGCGCAGGUCUUGAGUUUGCAUUGGAGGAGCACAAGACCAUCAACGCAAAUCUGGACAUCCAUGCACCUAUCUUUAUCAUUCCUGAAAGCAUUACGGAGAAGAGCACCCUCUGCAUGAUUCUUGACGCUGGUCAUGUCAGCCUCAAUAGCGAACUUGUUGACAAGGAGACGAUGCGGGAUAUCCACGGCAAGCAAAAGCAGAAGUACACCGAAGAAGAUUACAGACAGCUUGAGGGCUUGAUGUAUGACAAGUUCCACUUGAAGCUCGAAUCAACACAGGUACUGAUUGGACCCGGCAUUGAAGAGACGAGAGCGCAGCUGGAGGCAGAAGACGACUCUCAGAGCAUGCACAUCAUUGACCGCAUAAACAUGGCCUUCCUCCUGGAGAACUCGAUCAUACCGAAAGCCCCCGACAUAACAAAGGUCCGCAUCUCCGGCACGUUGCCUGUUCUCCACGCCUCCAUAUCAGACAAGAAAUACAAAAAUAUCAUGAGGCUAAUAGACGUUGCGAUCCCGAAGUUUGACACUGCCGAAACCGAAGCAAAUGGCACUGCGGUCGAGUCGCGGCCGCAGAAAGCUACCGAAGAUCAAGCAUCGAAGAGGAAAUCCGUACAGUUGCUCGAAGCCAAGGACAUCCCAAUUAUUGAUCACGACUCAGAUUCAGAAGACGCUCCCACCAAAAAGGACUCCCGGAACAAGCCCGAGACACCUGCCAAUAUACACCAGCGCAAUUUUGAAAUCAACUUCACAGUCGAAAAACUGCAGGCUUCAUUGUACAAAGCCGAUCCGGACGGCAAGAAGCCGGAUCAGCUGUUGGUAGAACUUGUGGCUGAGCGCUUCUAUUUCGAUUUUUAUCUUCGCCCCUACGAUAUGGUGGCUCAAGUGCUGCUGCGUUCACUGAGCGUCGACGAUCACAUUGAAGAGGAACCACUACCCGAAUUCAAGCAGAUAAUAUCGUCCAAAGGCUUCAAUGCAGAAGAAGGAAAGGACUUGCUCAACGUCAAAUUUGUCAAGGUCAAUCCUGAAUCGCCUGAAUUCCAAUCUACCUACGAAAGUAUUGCUACCAACCUUGACGUAGCCAUGUCUACCAUCAACGUAAUUGUUACAAGGCGGACGCUCCUCACUCUGCUGGACUUUGUCCUUACCACCUUCACGAGUCCUGGUGAUCAACAGGCGACACAAGAAGAUACAGACGAACCGGAAGAGAGAGCCGACGAUCCUCGACCGGCAGAGCCCCAGGCAGACAAGAUUAGAAUAAAAGCCCAGUUGACCAGCAUUGCGCUCAUUCUGAACAACGACGGUGUGCGGCUUGCGACACUUUCUCUGAACUCUGGUGACGUUGGAGUCUUCCUGGACGCCGGCACCAUGCAGGUCAAGGCGAGACUGGGGAGUCUGUCGUUGGUUGACGAUAUCAAUGAGGGUGCACCCGAAGACUCCCCAUUGCGCCGGUUAAUUGCCAUUGAAGGAGAUGAUCUAGCGGAUUUCAAGUACCAGACCUUCGACUCUUCCCGCAAGGACUACCCGGGAUAUGAUUCGGGAAUCUAUCUUCGGUCAGGGUCCAUCAAAGUUAACUUCCUGGAGGAGCCGUUCCGGAAGAUCAUGGAAUUCGGGGUUAAGUUUGGGAAGAUGCAAGCCAUUUUCAAUGCAGCCAGACAGGCGGCCGCCAACCAAGCUACACAAGUACAAGAAAGUGCGCAGAAAAUGCACUUCGACGUCAUCAUCAAGACACCAAUUGUCGUUUUCCCCCGAGCCAUGGUCGAAGAUCGACCUCGUGAUCUCCUCACAGCCUAUCUCGGCGAGAUAUACGCGAACAACAAAUUCGUCGGUGUCCAGGGCCAAAAGGGUGGCCCGCUCGUCAACAAGUUGGCGGCCGGCAUCAGACACAUUCGCUUGACCAGCGAAUUCCAUUACAGCGAUGGCUCGUCCCAGGAGCUGGAAAUGAUUGACAAGGUUGAUCUCGAUUUCAAAAUUCGUUACCUUGAACAUCAGGCGGGAAUUGAGAGACCAGAUCUUGAAAUCGAUGGUUCUAUGUCGCCGAUAAAUCUGAGGGUUUCCCACACUCAAUUCAAAUUUCUGAUGGAAUUGUCAAAGACCAUUCCGGCAGCUUUUGCAACCGACGAUGAAAGUGAAGAGGAUGUGGCUGAGGAAUUGCCGUCAUCCACAACAGAAAGCGCGAAGGCCGCUGAGCCCGAGACAACCACGUCCGAAUCGCUUGCUAAACCCUCAUACCAAGGCCCCGAGCUUGGGACUGGCGAAGAGACAUGGACCAAAUUGAACUUGGUAUUCAAAGCACCAAUGAUCGCCCUGGAACUGAUGCUCGCGGAUGAAGACCGGCCAAUUGAGAACCUCGAGGCAGCCAGCCUGUCAAAGUUUUCCAUAAACGAGACAAAUAUCAAGUUGAGGAUGAUCAGCGACGGCGCUAUGGAGGCUGAGCUAGUGAUUCACUCUUUCACCGUCCGCGACAGCCGCACGAAAGAAACAAAUAAAUUCCGGAAGAUAAUGUCUCUGAUAAACAACGAUGUGCAGCAGCAGUUCAUGGCGAGUCUGUCUAUUACUGGUGGAGAAGAACGCCACAUGAUUGUCAUGCUUACCAUUGACAGUCCCCGGGUCAUUGUCGCUUUGGAUUACAUCUUCGCACUUCAAGCUUUCGCAAAUACGGCGCUACAAUCCGACGAGCCGCCACCGAUUGCGGAGGUGGACGAUUUAACUGAAAGAAGUGAUCCAAGCCUCGAAAAUGACCAAGGCCAGAUGGAAAGUGGCGCUCAGGAAGUCGAAUCAGCGGGUCAGUCAUCGAUGACCAUAUCAUUUCGACUCAACGUCGUGGAUGCGCAGGUCAUCCUGAUCGCAAAUCCCACCAUAUCCAACACCGAGGCUAUUGUUCUUGGUACCAAAGAAGUCCUCGUGUCAAAGCAAAACGCGAUGACGCUGCAGGUCAGUAAAGUCGGAAUGUUCUUAUGCAGAAUGGAUCGCUUUGAAACUAGUCGUCUUCGAAUCCUCGACGACUUCAGCAUCCAAAUGUCCAUGGAUAACCGAAGCCAAGGCAAAGAGUCUUCGUUGACGUCGAUUCACAUUGGUAUAGAGCCUCUGGUUCUCCGCCUGUCACUUCGUGACAUCUUGCUGGCGAUGCAAAUUGUCAGUAAGGCUUCGUCUACAACCGCACAACCGAAGAUGCAGGAAGAUACAGAACCAAAGAAGCUCAAAGAUGUGAAAGCAUCCUCCAAGGCCCCUUCUACGAAGCGCAAGUCGAUAGCAGCGACAUCAACAGCAGCACAGAGGUCCAAGAGAUCCAAAUCAGUCUCCAAAUCGACCAAAUCUGGAUCACAACAGCAGUCUUCGAAGUCGGUUGUCAUGAGUCGGGAAGAGAUGGUCGCGCAAAUCGAAGGCAUCCGGGUUAUAUUGAUUGGAGAUAUGCACGAACUUCCCUUGUUGGAUUGGAGUGUGAAGAAAUUUGACGUUGAUGUGCGUGACUGGUCCAGCUCUUUAACGGCCGACACCAAGAUCGAUACUUUCAUCAACGUAUACAAUUUCUCAAAGUCCGCAUGGGAGCCGUUGAUCGAGCCUUGGAACCUUGGAUUCCACAUGUCCAAGCAACUCCAUCCCGAGGUGCUGUCUAUGGAGCUGUAUUCGCACAAGAAUAUGGAACUGACGAUCACGUCCGCCACAAUUGCCCUUGCCUCCAAAUCCUUCGACUUUCUUUCAACGGAUGAAGACAUCCUAUCAAAGCCGCGGGUGGCAGACGCGCCAUAUCGAAUCCGAAAUUAUACUGGAUUUGAUCUUAGUGUCUGGGCGGAUGAGAAGAGCGAAAGCGCAGCUGCAGCUAAACUCACCGACGGCGAAGAAUAUGCCUGGCGAUUUGAAGAUGCAACUUCUAUGCGUGAGAGUCUCUCACCGGAAGGUAAUGCUGGCCUGGUCGGUGUCAAGCUCGAGGGUAGUGGAUUCGACAGCGUCGUCCGAAUUCCUGUCAUCCGCGAAGGAGAAACCCUGUACAACCUCAAGCCGAGGAAGGACGGUGUGCAGCACCGGAUGCUUGUCGAGGUGCGACUGGGGUCUGACAAUGUCAAGUACAUCACUUUCCGCUCACCCCUCCUCGUCGAAAACAAGACCCAGAUACCCAUCGAGGUUGGCGUCUAUAGUCCCGACGAUGGCCAUCUCCUCAAGAUAGAGAAGAUUGCUCCUGGCGAAGGCAAACCUGCUCCCGUGGGAGCAGCAUUUGUCCAUUCACUGGUUUUGCGCCCCGACCAGGGAUUCGGAUAUGGCUGGUCGAAUGAGCGGCUGUUCUGGAAGGACCUCCUGAGAAGACAAACCAGAGCUCUCACUUGCGAAUCUGAAGGUCGAGAUGAGUCACCGCCUUUCUUUUUCCAGAUGCACGCAUCGUACGAUGACAAAGAUCCCAUUACAAAGAUCUAUCCAUUCAUGAGGAUCCAGGUUUCGGCACCCGUCGAGAUCCAGAACCUGCUACCGUACGACUUCAAGUAUCGCAUCUAUGACAAGAACACGAAAAAGGAUUGGACAAACUUCCUACGCAAGGGUGGUGUGAGCCCGGUACAUGUCGUGGAACUAUCUCACCUUCUAUUACUGAGUGUUGAGGUGGAGGAUGCCCCCUUCAAACAAAGCGACUUUGCCAUCAUCAACAGUGAUACCCAAGAGGGAUUUCGCCGAGAGAAAGUGCUGCAGUUGAAGGACGAGAGAGGUGCCCAGUUGAGACUAAAGCUUCACUACACGAACAUCAAGGACAGCGGAGGGGCAUUCAGAGUAUCAGUGUACAGCCCCUACGUCCUUCUGAACAAAACUGGGCUUGACAUGAGCGUUCAGAGCAAGGCGUUUCUCGGGUCUUCCACCAAGGCUUCAUCCCCCCAGGGAGCACGAACAAGCGCUGGAGAAGGGACAGCUCUGCCAAUGUUGUAUUCGUACGGCAGCGAUGAUCGCAAGAAUCGUUCUCUCAUCAAGAUCGGCGAUUCCACCUGGAGCAAACCGCAAAGUUUCGACGCAAUCGGGAGCUCGUACGAGGUCGUCUUGCCCUCCGCCUCAGGCAAGUCUGAGAUGCAUGUUGGAGUAUCUGUGGCAGAAGGCGAAGGCAAAUACAGCUUGACGAAAGUUGUUACCAUGGCACCACGCUUCGUGCUCAAAAACAAGAUUGGUGAAGAUAUUGAGCUCCGAGAACCUGGUUCGUCAGAGGUUUGGAAGAUGAAGAACAAUGAUCUCUUGCCCAUGUACUUCAUGCGGCAAUCACCUGAAAAGCAACUUUGCAUGUGCUUCCCCGGGGUCAAUAACCAAUGGUCAUCCCCAUUCAACAUGGCAAAUGUCGGCAUGACCCAUGUCAAACUCGCCAAACAUGGCCAAAGACAAAAACUCGUCCGCGUCGAAAUCAUUCUGGAGGACGCUACCCUGUUCUUACAUUUCAGCAUCGAGACGAAACAUUGGCCGUUCUCGAUGAGAAACGAGAGUGACACCGAAUUCUUGUUCUUCCAGGCCAAUCCCAACCUUGGUGAGGAUGAAGAAGAAGAUAAAGGAAGCGGCUGGAAGCCCAUCCGAUAUAGGCUUCCUCCACGAAGUAUCAUGCCUUAUGCUUGGGACUACCCCGCGUCGAAGAACAAAGAGCUCGUCCUUACCGCCGGGGGAAGGGAGAGGUACGUCAAAUUGGCAGAAAUAGGAAACUUGAUCCCGAUCAAGCUGCCACCGGAUGACCGUGGAGGACCAAUGAAAGUGAUCGACAUCAACAUUGUUGCCGAUGGACCAACACAGACGCUGGUGUUGUCCAACUACAAGCCGUCCAGGUCGAUGUACCGACAGAAGACGGGUAUGACGACCGCAUCACAGACGAGCCUCAAUCAAGGAUUUGAAGUCAAGCAGAUCGAAUCAGAGGUCAAUUUCAAGGCCGAGCUGCGACUGGCUGGCAUUGGAAUUUCGCUCGUCAACAGCAAGCUGAAGGAAUUGAUGUAUGUCACGUUUCGGGAGAUGGACCUCAAGUAUGGAGAUUCCAAGCUCUACCAAACAUUGAACUUCACAGUCAAAUGGAUACAAAUCGACAAUCAACUGUAUGGCGGCAUCUUCCCGAUCUUGCUAUACCCGAGUGUAGUGCCCAAAACCGGCAAGGAAAUGGAGGCGCAUCCCAUCUUCCACACAAUGGUUACAAGGGUCAAGGACGAUUCUUACGGUGUGCUCUAUAUCAAAUACGCCACGCUGCUUCUGCAGCAGAUCACGGUUGAGCUUGACGAAGACUUUAUCUUCGCAAUGCUCGACUUUGCGAAAGUGCCCGGAGCGUCGUGGUCGGAAGAGAAAGAAGGAAAACUGUGCGACGAGAGUCUCGACGUGCCUGAGCCCACACGAGAAGAACAGGGUCAGGACGUCUAUUUUGAGCUGCUGCAUCUGCAACCUAUUCAGCUUGACCUCUCCUUUGUCAGAACAGAACGCGUAAACGCCGAGGACAAUUUCGUCAACAGUCCGCUGAUGUUUAUCGUUAAUGUCAUGACUAUGUCGAUAGGGAACGUCAACGACGCGCCCAUCCGAUUCAAUGCGUUGAUGCUCGAAAACGCGAGGAUAUCCGUUCCAGCACUGAUCGCCAACAUCCAAAACCAUUACACCCAAGAAGCGCUACGUCAAGUCCAUAUCAUUCUCGGUUCUGCCGACUUCCUUGGCAAUCCCGUUGGAUUGUUCAACAACAUCAGUUCUGGUGUUGCCGACAUCUUCUACGAGCCGUACCAAGGCCUCGUCAUGACCGACAGGCCACAAGAGCUCGGUAUUGGCAUUGCCAAAGGAGCCAGCAGCUUUGUCAAGAAGUCCGUCUUUGGCUUCAGUGACAGUAUGGCCAAGUUCAGCGGUUCCAUCUCCAAGGGCCUGGCGGCUGCCACCAUGGACAAGGAGUUCCAAGACCAGAGGCGAAUGUCAAAGAGUCGGAAUCGACCCAAACAUGCCCUUUAUGGCGUCACUGCCGGGGGAAAUGCCUUUGCCGCUAGUAUGGCCAGCGGUAUUGGAGGCCUGGCACGACAUCCUCUGGAGGGAGCAGAAAAGGAAGGGGCUCUAGGCUUUGUCAAAGGCGUCGGAAAGGGCUUCCUCGGUCUGGCCACCAAGCCUGCCAUCGGCGCCUUCGAUCUCGCCUCGAACGUGGCCGAAGGAGUCCGCAACACCACGACAGUAUUCGAUUCGGAGGGCCUGGACCGUGUUCGUCUGACUCGCUUUAUUGGUAUGGACGGGAUUGUGAGGCCGUACUCGCAACGCGAAGCCCUCGGGCAGUUCUGGCUCAAGACCUGCGAUGACGGCCGAUACUUCAACGAAGAAUACAUUGCCCACUUGGAGCUCGAAGGCGGCGACAUGAUGGUGGUUAUCACCUAUGAACGCAUCUUGAUGAUCCGGACCAAAAAGCUGCGCAUGGAGUGGGACAUCAAACUGACGGACGUGCAGACAAUCAGCAAGGAGCGGACGGGGAUGAGUAUCGGGUUGAAAGGAGGAGCAAACGGACCCUUCAUUCCCGUGGCGGAUGAGGGUAGCAGGAAUUGGCUGUACAAACAAAUUGCCAUUGCCGUGAACGCAUUUAAUGACAAAUAUAACGCAAAAGGAUGA